AUGGACAUGUCCAUGUCUGGCAUGGGCCACAUGUCCAUGGGAAAUGGCGUGCCUGGUCUGUUCUAUUUGCAGAAGAUGUACUGGGCUGUUGUAGGGAGUGCCAUCGCUGCUGGAACCGUCAUCAACGUCUUGAAUCGCUUCCUCGCCUACCAAGGGUUAAAGGACUCGUCCUUGACCCCCUCCAAGCCCAAGUCUAUCUUCUUCAGCACAUAUGCCACCUUAACGGCCAUCGUGCGUGAAGCAAGCUACGCGACUUUGCCCCCAUUGUCAUUUCGCGGCCACUCCUAUCACUUUGCGCCGUUGGGCCCUGUGGCCAUCAUCCUGGCCAACCUCAUCGUCGUGCUCGUCUUUUGUUUCUACAAGCUGGACACGGCCGACCAAUGGAAAUGGGAAGAUGUGGGCUACCGCACUGGGUUUAUCGCCAUUUGCCAGCUGCCGUUGAUCUUCCUCCUGGCGGGCAGGCAAAAUCUCAUCGGCAUGCUCGUGGGCAUGAGCUACGAGCGUCUCAAUUGGUUUCAUCGGUGGAUCGCGCGGACGCUGUGGUUGACCGCUACCAUUCACAUGUGCUUCUGGUUUCGUGACUGGGGCCGCUACAACUACAUCGUCUAUGAGCUGAAGAACUACACCCUGGCGACGAGAGGCUUCGCCGCAUGGAUCAUUCUGACCUUUAUCGUGAUUACGUCCGCCGCCCCGAUUCGACGGUUUGGGUACGAGUUCUUCGUUCUGCAGCAUCUGGUGACCUUUGUUGGCUUCACCGUAGCCGUGUGGCUCCACGCACCGGCAGAAGUCAAGGUGUGGGUGUGGAUUCCGAUCGGUUUUCUUGUCUUCGACCGGGUGGCGCGCUACGUGUGGGCAACUUAUGCGAACUUGUCGAUAUUCCAUCGUUCGAAGAGCCCGGCCCAUGCCCUUUGGGCUAAUCGGGCGACUUUCACCCCGUUGCCAGGCAAUGUAACUCGUAUAGCGAUUGAAAAUCCCGGAGUCGGGUGGAAGCCGGGUCAGCAUGUGUUUCUCACAUGCCACUCCAUCGUGCCUCUGCAGAGCCAUCCUUUUACCAUUGCGUCUAUUCCGGAAGACAACAAAAUGGUGAUGUACGUGCGCGCAGAAAAGGGCGGCACUCGACGCUUCUUCCGAUAUGCUUCGAAGAACCACCAGGUGCCCGCGAAGCGGGCACGUACAGUCUUUAUUGAGGGGCCGUAUGGGCAAAUGCGACCUCUGAAGCAGUUUGACAGCGUGAUUCUACUCGCUGGAGGCAUGGGAGCGACGUUCACUGUGCCGUGCCUGCGGGAUAUAGUCGCCAAGUGGAAGGCUGAAAACACACGGCGGCUCGCAGCAACCAAGCGGAUUCGGUUCAUCUGGGUGAUCAAAUCGCGCACGCAGCUGAGCUGGUUCGACCACCAAUUGCAGGAAGUGUUGAGGGAUGUUGAGGAAGUUCGGCUCGCCAACCCAGACCUCAUCCGAGAGAUCGAGAUGAGCAUAUAUAUCACUUGUGACGAGAAGCUGGAGCAACCGGCGCAAAACACGCUCUGCGCCCAGGAACAGUCACUAUUACAGCUGCAGACGACCCUACCCGCGAACGAGAAGUCUCUCGAAGCGGAGAAAUCAGCGACCGAUGCUGUAGUCAUUGAGUCUGUAGAGCAGACCGGGUGUCAACCAGACAGAAACUGCUGCUGCACCGCUCCCAUCAAAGAUGAAGAUGCCAUCGACGCUACGAAUUGCACAUGCUCGGGGCAUGCCGCGCCGCAGUCGUCCACGACAAGCGAGCUCGCAACAGAAUCGGACUCGAAGCCUGCGCAGAAACCACUACCCAAUCUUACAGUCCUGUCUGGUCGACCGCACGCGCGCACGAUCAUCCGCAAGGUCCUCGAGAAAGCCGAGGGCGAGAGCGCGGUAGUGGUGUGCGGACCCCGGGGACUGUCCGACGACGUGCGACGCAGCGUGGUGUGUCUGAGCGAUGAGCGGGCAGUACACAAGGGGACAGGGGCGCAGGGGAUAUAUUUGCAUGUUGAGCAGUUUGGGUGGUGA